AUGGCCUACUCGAACAACGUUGGCGACAUUGUGCAUCUGAAUGUUGGUGGUACUAGAUUUUCCACCUCCCGGCAAACCCUAACAUGGGUUCCCGAUACAUUCUUUACCUCGCUGCUGAAUGGGCGCAUAUCGAGCUUACGAGAUGAAACGGACGCUAUUUUUAUCGACCGUGAUCCGAAGCUCUUCAGCUUAGUACUGAACUACCUGCGGACGAAGGAAAUUGACAUCAAGUCGGUCGACAUCCGUGUGCUGCGCCAUGAGGCCGAAUUUUACAACAUUGCUCCACUAAUUAAGAGGCUUAUGCUGUGCGAAGAGAUGGACCAAUCCAGCUGUGGCGAUGUGCUGUUUUACGGUUAUCUUCCCGCACCAAAUAUUCCGAUACAAGAAAUUCCAAUCGGAUCGUCGGGUUCGUCAGGCAGUUCGAAAAGCACCGGUACUACGACGACAGGUUCGUAUAAUUCUGCUAGCUCCUCUACACAGAACAAAUCGGAACCCGUACCGGGUCCUUCGAACAGCCAGCAAAGGCAGCAACAGUCGAUUCCGUUGGCAAAUUUGGCGAUCUCCGCCGCCCCGCAACAUAAUCCUGCAGCGUCUGCCACCGCUCCCGUUGGACUGUGUCAAAUUAAUGCUCGCCCCGGAUCGAUGGUACGUGUGCCGGAACUUUCGCAGGGUGCAGCACCAGGUCCUUCCGGAAGCAGCAGUAGCGGUGGGGGUAGUGCCGUUCCGGGUAGCGCAACUGGAACAGCAGCUGGUGGUAGUGUCGGCGGUGUAAACGGGGCCACAUCAUCAGCCGGAGGAGGUAGCGGCGGCGGCAGUAACUCAUCCCGACACGCUGGCCACUCGCGUAACUCAUCGUGGGAUUUGCGUGUAUCGUACAGUGGUAAUAGCAAUCGUGGCAAUUCCCAGUGGAUGCCGGGCCACUCGCGUACUGCCUCCCUCGACAUGAUGCGUCACUCGCGGAACUCGUCCGUCGAUCUGAACAAAUAUAUACGCAAUGAGGUCGGCUUACUGUUUGGACCGGGUACAACCGGUACCGGGUGGGCCGAUCCGAUGCGGGUGCAAAUCAUUAAGGCACACCACAACUGGAUUUCGGUUGCGUACGCCCACUUCGUCACGUGCUACCGGCUGAAGGAUUAUUCCGGCUGGCAACAGAUCUUCAUUUCGCCGUACAUCGAAACGACGAUCGAGCGGAUCGCGAUCAAUGCGAAGAUGAGUUUGGCAACGUCCGCGGGCGAACAGUCGCACAGCAAGAUGGUAGCAAUCUCGUACGGCAGUCAGAUCCGACUGUGGGGAAUCUCGGAGGAUGGUAGUAAGGCGGAGGUCGGCACGUUUAACUUGCACGUGCGCGUCGAGUAUCUGUUCUUCAUCGGCAGCCAGCUGGUAGCACUGUCGUCAUCGGGGAAGAUUGGCGUUUGGCAUGCGAUGACACAGCACUGGCAGAUACAGGAUCUCGUCCCGAUACUAUCCUUCGAUACGGCCGGUUCGUUCCUGCUGUUGGGAUGUAACAAUGGUUCGAUCUACUACAUUGAUAUGCAGAAAUUUCCACUACGCAUGAAGGACAAUGAUUUGCUGGUGACGGAACUGUACAAGGAUCCUUCGAAUGAUCACAUUACCGCUAUAUCGGUGUACCUAACGCCGAAAACGACAACCGCGGAUCGUGUGAAGGAAGGCCUUUCGGGAAAUUGGAUCGAAAUUGCGUACGGUACCCGGUCCGGUUCGGUUCGCGUUAUUGUACAGCACCCGGAAACGGUCGGACAUGGGCCGCAGCUGUUUCAAACGUUCACCGUCCAUCAGAGUCCGGUGACGAAGGUGACCCUAUCGGAGAAGUUUCUUAUUUCCGUAUGCAGCGAGUAUAAUCACGUGCGUACGUGGCAGGUGCCACGGUUUCGUGGUAUGAUCUCCACCCAGCCCGAAUCAACGCCGGAAGCAUCGUUCAAGAUCGUUUCGCUUGAGGCUGUGGAUUCAACGUUUAGUUACUCGGCUGGAAAUGAUUUUGGCCCGUUCGGUGAGCAGGACGAAGAGCAGAUAUUCGUGCAGAAGGUUGUCCCCGAUACGGAUCAACUGUACGUUCGGCUCGCUUCGAACGGUGAGCGCAUCUGCUUGAUACGAUCCGUCGACGGUACGACGAUCACCUCGUUCUGUGAGCACGAAUGUGAAGUAUCACGCAUGGGAUCGAGACCGCGUCGUUUCAUUCUGUCUGGCCACUGUAACGGUGCGAUUCAGAUGUGGGAUCUUACGACGGCGCUGGAGAUAUCGAAAAAGAAAGAUCAACCGAAGCGUACCGUUGGAGGUCCGACGGCCGAUGAGUUGAUCCGGGAGCUGGAUCAGUGUGAUCUUAGUAAUAGCCACUGCUCGACCCCGUGCAUGUCACCCUGUCCUUCGGCAUUCUCGGGCAGUAUAAACGAACCGAACGCGAUGGGACGGUUGAAACCAUUCAAUGUGGCAUUUUUGAAUCAAUCAGCUGCAGCAGCGAUGGGACUCGGUGGUGGUGGUGGUCCACAGCCAGUACUAGCGCAGGGUUCAGGGGGAGUACCAGCGCUAGGAGCAGUGGGCGGUUUGGUCGCGCCGUUGCAACCCCCCGUACCGCCGGCCGCCCAUCAACAAGCUCAUCAACCAAACUGAUCUCUACUCCGCCGGCAGAGGGACAUUUGAGAAUGGUUCCUGUGUUGUUAUCUCGAGGUGGAAUU